AUGAACGCAUACAUCGAUACUCUGUUGUCCCCGCUAUCUACCCCGCGAAACCUCUGUUAUGCUGCGCUAUCUUGCACCUUCGUCUAUGUUAUCGUCAACGCCAUCUAUCAGCUUGCUUUCUCUCCUCUCAAUACCAUCCCCGGCCCGUGGUACGCAGCCGUCUCCGACUUCUGGCUCACGACGCACGUCGUUCGCCUCCAGCAAUGCAAAAUAGUCCAGCGACUCUUCGACCAGUAUGGUCCGGUCGUUCGCGUCGGUCCCAAUAAAAUCGUCUUCCGCGAUAUCACGACGAUGAAGAGAGUAUACAGCGUCCACAAGUUCGAUAAGAGCCCCUACUACAAGAGUCUUUUGACGAACAAUAACGACCAUGCCAUGACCACUCUCGAACAUGCCCGUCACGUUGCCCGCAGGAAGGGCUACGCUUCUCACUACACGACCGCAAACUUGUCUUUAUUCCAGCCUGAGAUGCACCAUCUCACGUUGAAGCUCGUCAGCAUACUGGAGAACCUUGGAGGGAAGUCGGCCUUGGACUGCCUGACUCUUUUCCGCCAGUUAAUGGUCGACGUCGUAUGCGCGUCUUCGUUCGACCACGAGGCCGGAGCCCUUGCAAAUUGGACCACCGAGUCGGAGGAUGCGCUUUCUACAGCAAUCAACGACUUCCCCAAGCGAGGCAUUCUGAGGAGCGCCGUCCCAACCUGGGCUUGGAAACUCGUCUGCAGUAUACCCAACAAACGUCUCCGUCAACUGUGCGACUCUGAUAAAAUCAUGGCUGAGUAUGUAUCCGAUCGAGUCUACGAGACUCGUUCACGGUUGGCUCUUAGAAAUGCCGGUCAAGAAGACUCGGACAGACUCUCCUUGCUCAGACGGCUACUUGAGUACCGCAUCGCUGACUCUCCUAUGUCUGAUGAAGAUGUUAUCUCUGAAUGCAUGGGACAUCUGAUCGCUGGUUCAGACACUACCUCUACCACACUGUCGUACCUGUGCUGGGAGCUCAGUAGGCGUGAUGAUAUCGUCGCCAAGCUUCGGGAGGAGCUCGACGCGGCGAUGCCUGACAAUACGGCUAUCCCCGAUAUUUCGGUCCUGCAGAAGUUGCCGUAUUUGAAUGCAUUCCUCAAAGAGGGUUUCCGUCUUUACGGUGCAGCUCCCAGCCUGCUUGAGCGAGUCGUUCCGUCGUCCACGGGGAAGAAAGGCGAAAUGAACGAGGUCUUCGAUCUCAUGGGGUACGGUUUGCCUUCCGGCACGGUGGUUGCAACCCAGGCAUGGUCUAUGCACCGAGAGCCCUCGAUUUUCCCGUCCCCGGAGUCGUUCCUCCCUGAGCGCUGGCUCGAGACUGUCACUAGCACCGAGGACCUCACUCGCAUGAACCAGCACCUGAUGGCCUUCGGCACAGGUACCCGAGUCUGCGGCGGUCAGAACCUAGCUCAGUUCAUGCUGAGAAUCGUCGUAGCGGCCAUCGCUUCGAACUUUACGGUUGUGGCUCCUGCGGAGACCAGUGAGAAGAGUAUGGAUAUGAGAGACAGUUUUGUCAUUUUCCCGGCGUCCAUGAAGUGCAAGCUUGCUUUCCUCCCCAGGAAGCACUAA